AUGCUUUCUCAGCUUUUUAUUCUUUCAGCAAGAGGUGAUACCAUAAUUACUCGUGAUUUUCGAGGCGAUCUCGCCCGUGGAACCAAUGAAAUAUUCUUCAGGAAAGCAAAGUUUUGGAAAGGCGACCCACCCCCAGCAUUUAACAUUGAAGGAAUUAAUUUUCUCCACAUAAAAAGAAAUGGGCUUUACCUAGUCGUUACGACCCUUCACAACGUAUCCCCAUCAUAUGCAUUUGACUUGCUUUAUAGGCUAGUCACAGUAAUUAAAGACUUCUGUGGAAUUUUGACUGAAGAAAGCAUAAGAAAAAAUUUUGUGCUGGUAUAUGAGAUAAUUGAUGAAAUAAUUGACUAUGGGUACCCUCAGAGUACUUCAGCUGAACAAGUCAGGCCUUUUAUCGUGAACGAUCCAGUUGCAAUAGACCAGUCUACAUCUUUACUUAAGUCGAACCCUUUUUCUAAUACAGUCCCUCAUAUUGCAGCUCAGAAGCCACUUUCGAAGAAGCAAAAGAAUGAGAUUUUUGUGGAUAUUUUAGAAAAAGUGUCAGUACUGUUCAAUUCUAAUGGAUAUAUAUUGAAUUCGUCAAUAGACGGAUGCAUUCAGAUGAAAUCAUAUAACCUUUUCCUUUUAAUUUCCCAUAGCAAAAUGAAAAAAUUAUAACAGAAAUAAUGGGCAACUAAAGGUAAAUUGUAUAUUUAUAUGGAAAUCCUCAGCUCAGGCUAGCAUUAAAUGAAGAUUUAGUUAUUGGAAGAGGAAGCGGAAAUUAUGGGAGCGUCGUGCUAGAUGAUUGUAAUUUCCACGAAUGUGUAAGCUCAAGUGAAUUUAAUGAAUUUAAGAUUCUGACAAUUAAUCCUCCUGAUGGAGAAUUCAUUGCAAUGAACUACAGAAUCAGAGGAGACUAUCAGACCCCGUUUAGGAUUUUCCCAUUCGUGGAAAAUUUAACGCCUUAUAAAGUGGAGAUUUUGGUAAAAAUUAAAUCAUGCUUCCCAGAAAGCCAAUUCGGGUCAAAUGUAUCAGUGAAAUUUAACUUGCCUAAGACGACAACAUCCGUCAUGUUUGAAAUGCCAAAAGGACUCAGCGGACAGCAAUCAGAAUAUAGAGACCAAGAAAAGCUCGCUGAAUGAAAUAUUAAAAAAUUCCCUGGAAACGCUGAGCAUGCUAUCAAAGCUAAAAUCAGCUUAAGUGCCUCUGCUUCAUCAAAAGAAAUAGGCCCUAUUUCAAUGCAAUUUGAAAUCGGCUAGCGGGGAUUACUUAAAUUAUAGUAAAAGGUAGUUUUUAGAGAACAAUGACAGAGGAAUUCUGUAAACUAAGCAAAGCGGUAUCUUUGUAAACUAUCAAGGCAGAAACUCAAAAAUUUAAUUCUAUAUUGAAUUUAACGGUAAUUUUUUAAAAAAAAAAAUUCGGAAAUAUCUAAAUUAUCGAAAGAGGGCGUUUGCUAAACUAAGUCAGAACAGCCUUUUAAAAAGAAACAUAAGCAAAGUUUUUUUUUUCCAAAUUCUAGAGAAGAUAAUUUAAAUAAAUUAUGGAUGUGGAACCUGCAAUUUUUAAUAAAAGCUUACUCAGUUAUUGACUUAAAUUCCAGAUAGAGUAGUUAUCCGAAUUACGUUGAGCUACAUUUUAUGAAUUUUACUAUAUUUAUGCCUUUUUUGUGAGAUAAUUUUAAAAUAUAUAACUAACCUCUAUAUAUGCUGGCUGCUAACUAAAUAUUUGGAAAAUAUAAACAUAUAAAUAAGAUAAAUUCAACAUGAUUUUUGCGUGAAUUUAUCACAACUACUAUACACUUUGACGCCAUUCAAAAUAUCAAAAAAUCUUAAAUAAAUUACUUAAGGAGGACUUAAUUAACUUUCGUUGCUAGGUUCUUUUCGAAUUAUUGGUAAAAACCCACUAUAAAUCCCGACUAGGAGAUACGUAAAAAAAAAUUAUUUUUAUAAUAAUUUUACUUAAAGAGGACUUAAUUAAAUUUGUUUGUUAGGUCCUUUAAGAAUUAUUGGUAAAAAUCCACUAAAAAUGCUGACUAGGAGAGAUGUAAAAAAUUUAUUUUUAAAAUUUUUUUAUGAUGUUUAAAAAAGGUUUUGGUGCAAGUAAUGAAGAGGAUCUUGAAAAACUAUGCUAUUUACUUCCAGUAGCUCUUAUUGCACAGUGGAACAAAACGUUAAGAAAGCCUUUAUGUAAGACUUAAAAGUGGAUAAUUUUAGUUAGUUUGGCUAUUUAUAGAUUAUUCCUUUUGAAAUAUAGUAAAAUUAUUAUAAAAAUAAUUUUUUUUUACGUCUCUCCUAGUCGGGAUUUAUAGUGGGUUUUUACCAAUAAUUCGAAAAGAACCUAGCAACGAAAGUUAAUUAAGUCCUCCUUAAGUAAUUUAUUUAAGAUUUUUUGAUAUUUUUGAAUGGCGUUAAAGUGUAUAGUAGUUGUGAUAAAUUCACGCAAAAAUCAUGUUGAAUUUAUCUUAUUUAUAUGUUUAUAUUUUUCCAAAUAUUUAGUUAGCAGUCAAUAUAUAUAGAGGUUAGUUAUAUAUUUUAAAAUUAUCUCACAAAAAAGGCAUAAAUAUAGUAAAAUUCAUAAAAAUGUAGCUCAACGUAAUUCGGAUAACUACUCUAUCUGGAAUUUAAGUCAAUAACUGAGUAAGCUUUUAUUAAAAAUUGCAGGUUCCACAUCCAUAAUUUAUUUAAAUUAUCUUCUCUAGAAUUUGGUAAAAUACUUUGCUUAUGUUUCUUUUAAAAGGCUGUUCUGACUUAGUUUAGCAAACAUCCUCUUUUGAUAAUUUAGAUUUUUCCGAAUUUUUUUUAAAAAAUUACCGUUAAAUUCAAUAUAAAAUAAAUUUUUGAGUUUCUGCCUUGAUAGUUUACAAAGAUACCGCUUCGCUUAGUUUACAGAAUUCCUCUGUCAUUGUUCACUAAAAACUACCUUUUACUAUAAUUUAAGCAAUCCCCGUUAGCCUUUGAAAUCCCCAUGUAUAACGCAUCAAAUAUGCAAGUGAAAUAUUUGAGGAUAGCAGACCAAGGAAAAGUCCCUUCCCCAUACAGAUGGGUACGAUAUGUCACCCAAGCCAGCUCAUACGUGUGUAGAGUUUAA